AGUAUUUUAUAGCCGCAGGAAGAUCAUUUCACAAUAUUUAAAAAUACGGUCAAAUCGCACUGAAAAGAGUACGUGAGUAGAGAAGAAAAAGUUAAAUAACCAAUCGCUUACCAACAACAAAUAUAUUCUGUCCCGCUUAUUUGAAGUAAAUUGUUUAAAAUAUGGCACACCGAUUGUUGAAUUCAGCAAAAUCUAUGGAACGAUGCAUGAGGCGUAGCUAUAUGAGCCAAAGAGCUCCAGGAACAGAAAAAGUGCAACGUGGUGCUUUGGUCUUAGAACAAGUUCCUUUAGUACGUUAUUUGUUGGAACAAAUUAGUCAUUUUUGUAAAAAGCCCCCAAAGGGUUUCGAAAAAUAUUUCGAGGAAGGAAAAGGAAGUGCUAAACCGGCAACCUCUUCAGCCGGAGAAUCCGAGGAAGCAGGUGAAAAAAGCGUUGGUGAAGCCCAGGCAUCAAAGUCAACACCCAGCCCUCCACAGCAGACAGCAAAAAAUGAUUGGAACUUUGGUAUGUUUGCCAAUACAAACAAACAGCAAGGUGGUGGCGGAUCGGGUGGUCAGGGACGUCCCAUCGGAGAGGGCAGUGAUGGUAAUCGUGAAAAGUGGUUGGUAUUUGGUGCAAUAGGUGCGGUAGCAUUAUUGGGUAGUUUUGCAUUCUUUGAAAUGGGAUAUAAAGAAAUUUCCUGGAAAGAAUUUGUAACCAAUUACCUAAACAAAGGUUCGGUCGAAAAACUCGAAGUAGUGAAUAAGAAAUGGGUGAGAGUUCGAUUAAUGCCGGGCAAUUCACAGGAUGCUGGCGGAGUGUUAUGGUUCAACAUUGGCAGUGUUGAUUCGUUUGAACGCAAUUUGGAAAAUGCUCAAACAGAGCAGGGAGUUGAGCCUUUAAAUUAUGUACCGGUUAUAUAUCGCACUGAGGUAGAGCCGUCCAGUUUAACGGGCCUAUUGCCCACAUUAUUGAUUAUUGGGUUCUUGGUUUAUAUGAUGCGUCGAUCGGCUGAUAUGAUGGGCAGUGGCAGAGGACGUAAAGGCGGUGGACUAUUUGGUGGUGUAAUGCAAUCUACAGCGAAAUUGAUUAAUUCCAAUGAAAUUGGUGUUAGAUUUAAAGAUGUUGCUGGUUGCGAAGAGGCUAAAAUUGAAAUCAUGGAAUUUGUUAAUUUUCUCAAAAAUCCUCAACAGUACAUUGAUUUAGGAGCAAAAAUACCGAAAGGUGCCAUGUUGACUGGUCCUCCUGGCACGGGUAAAACAUUACUCGCCAAAGCCACCGCAGGAGAAGCUAACGUGCCUUUUAUUACGGUUUCCGGAUCAGAGUUUUUGGAAAUGUUUGUUGGUGUGGGUCCCUCAAGAGUGCGUGAUAUGUUUGCAAUGGCACGCAAAAAUGCUCCUUGUAUUCUGUUCAUAGAUGAAAUCGAUGCUGUUGGUCGUAAACGCGGCGGUAAAUCAUUUGGUGGGCAUUCAGAGCAGGAGAAUACACUAAAUCAAUUGCUUGUCGAAAUGGAUGGUUUCAAUACGACCACGAACGUUGUAGUGUUGGCAGCUACAAAUCGUGUUGAUAUAUUAGAUAAAGCACUUUUGCGGCCAGGACGUUUUGAUAGACAAAUAUAUGUUCCAGCUCCAGAUAUUAAAGGUAGAGCAAGUAUCUUCAAAGUCCAUUUGGUUCCUCUCAAAACGCAAUUGGACAAGCAAGAAUUGGCUCGAAAAAUGGCUGCAUUAACUCCAGGUUUUACUGGUGCCGAUAUAGCAAAUGUGUGUAAUGAGGCUGCUUUGAUAGCUGCCAGAGAUUCAAAUGAUUACAUCGUGCAAAAGCAUUUUGAACAAGCUAUUGAACGUGUUAUUGCAGGUAUGGAAAAGAAAACGAAUGUUUUGGCGCCGGAGGAAAAGAAAACUGUAGCUCAUCACGAGGCGGGACAUGCUGUUGCUGGCUGGUUCUUAGAACAUGCUGAUCCCCUUCUUAAGGUAUCCAUAAUACCCAGAGGGAAAGGUUUGGGUUACGCCCAGUACUUGCCCAAAGAUCAAUAUUUACUAUCUAAAGAGCAAUUAUUCGAUCGUAUGUGCAUGACUUUGGGUGGUCGGGUAGCCGAAGAGAUCUUCUUCCAACGUAUUACAACUGGAGCCCAAGAUGAUUUGAAGAAAAUAACUGACAGUGCUUAUGCACAAAUUGUACGCUUCGGCAUGAACGAAAGAGUAGGCCAAGUCAGUUUUGACGCAGGCCAAUCGGGUGAUCCCGUCUUUGCUAAACCCUAUUCCGAAGAAACUGCACAAAUGAUUGACGAGGAAGUACGUAGCUUAAUUAAAGAAGCACACAAAGUAACUACCGAGUUGUUGAUGAAACACAAAGAAAAUGUAAAGAAGGUAGCCGAACGUUUGUUGAAAAAUGAAGUAUUGAGUCGUGACGACAUGAUUGAAUUACUAGGUCCCAGACCAUUCAAAGAAAAGUCAACCUACGAAGAAUUUGUAGAGGGUACAGGCUCAUUUGAAGAAGAUACCACUUUGCCUAAGGGUUUGCAGGAUUGGAACAAGGAGAAAAAUCCUGAAUCAACUACACCUCCACCACCAAAACCUGCAGCCACAGCUUCAUAGAUAGUGUUAAAUAAUAUUCACUUCAACUUAAAAUGUCUAUGUUUUGUUUACUAUAACAACUUCUAUAUAAACCUUGUUAUCUAAGUAUCAUAUAAAUACACACAUAUGUAUAAUUUGUUUUA